AUGAAGGAAGAAGAAGAGAUGCGGAUGAAAAUAUUAGGAGAAGAGAUAACGAGGACAGCAGGAGAAGAGAUGAAGACCGAUCGAGAAGGCAACGCGAUGAACGGAGAAGAAGAAGUUCCGAAGAAGACGUGGAUGAAAGACGCAGGGAAAAAAAUGAUGAGUACAAGUCAAAGAGAACAGACGAGAGAAGAAGAAGGGACCGAAGCCGAUCCCAAGAAAAACACCGAACAAGAAGAUCCCGGCCUUCUAAAUGAUUGCCAGUCUUAA